UGAAUUUUGAAAGAAAUAGUUUUUGUUUAUAAGGAUCAUAUAAGUAAACAAUAUUAUCUGUGGGUACACAUAUGAAUACAAAAUAUAUUAUUUCGGUUGACUGACACGUAUAUAUACGCAUCUAGGGUGUAGCAAAAAAUGAUGUGAUUGACUAGGUAUGUAACAAAGUGACGACUUCAGUUCCGUUAUUAAUGUAACGUUUAAAAAAAAAUAUAAUUAACAAUAUUAUAGUAUUGGUUAGGUACCUAAAUCAAAAAACAAAAUAGGUUUUUAAUUGAUUAAAAUAAAAGUUACUCAUCCGUCUGUUCAUUCUGUUACACUCUGUAUACAAUGUACAAUGUGACAUCAUGUUCUAUAAGAUGUGAUAAAUCGCGAUCGUGAAUAAUUAAUAAAUAUACAAAUUUAACGGCGCGGCUAGAACCAUUUGAACAGUUAGGUAUAAUAAAAUCAAAAUUUCUCAAUAACGUAUCAUCACGAAUACAUAUCUUGUUUCCGUGGUAGUAGUGCUACGAUAUUUCUAAACAAUAUAUUAUAUAGAUACUCUACGCAAAGCGGUUUAUAACUAUAAAUUAUACAAUUUUGGGCUUUGAUAAUAAUAUUACAUUAUACCAUCAUAUAAUAUAGCGUAAUGGAUGUUACCGUUACCAAAGUCGUGAUCUCUGUGGACCAUAAUGUGCUUAGCAUCGAGUUGGCGUUCAACAUACUUCAGAGGAAAGUGUUCGCCGACAAUAAAUUGAACGUAUUUAUUUUAACUCUAGACGUGGACAAAGUAAAAGAAACGGCUGAACAUAUUAAAAAUUGUUGUUUCUCCAACCUGAAUGGUAGGUACUUAUACAUAUUGCAGAUCGUUAAGGUCUUAUAAAUAAUAAAACUUACAUUUACUUAAAGACGUUGGUAUGUGCCUAUAAAUAAAUAAUAGGUAUUAUUCUUACUAGAUUUUAUUGACAUACGGUAUGUCACAUGCCUAUGACAUUUUUGAGAAAAAUAGAAAAUCGAUCUCUAUUAGUUCUUAAUAAUUUAACAGGCUAUAAUCCAUAAUACUAACUACUAAUCAUAAUAGAAAAAAUAUAUAUUGUAUUAUACAAUUUAGAUCGUUUAAAAAGAUCUUAUAAGUACUAUAAUAUUUAAUUAUUACUAUAUAGAUAUAAUAUUGCUUAGCAAUCAGAAAUUUAAAUAAUUCAUAUCGAUUCGGAGAUUCGUCUAUCAAGACAUUAAUAAUGAUAAAUCCGUUUGCAGAAUUAAUCGUGACCGGAGAUUACCACGACGCGUUCCGGAAGGCCGACUAUCUCCUGAUAAUGACCGAUUUGAACGUGCCGGAUCGGAAAGUUAUCGAAAGCGUCCAAAACUUAGACCAUGUUUUCAAAAAGGCUAAAUCGUUCGAUCGACUGGCCAAUCCGGAUGCAAGGAUCGUCGCGAUGGGACCGUGGUCCAACACGUGGUUACAGAUUUUCGCUGAAGUCGCGACACGCCUGCAAAAGUGCAACUUUACCGGUUUGUCUAGACAUCACGUGAGUAAAGCGUUGGGGCUCAUCGCACGAAAACUCGACGUAAGUUGAUCGUGUAUAAUAUUAUCAUGUCAUAAUGAUAUAUAUAUAUCAGUAUAUUGUAUAUAUAGUAAUAUGCAAUAAUAUCAAUAACAUAAUAUUGUUAUUCUGACUUAUUCAUAUAAUUAUACCUCCAAUGCUGAGGUUUCGUUGUCGACGAGUUGUUUUAUAACGUUAUAUGAACAUCACACAAUGACACACAUACAUCGACGAUUUCGUUAUGAAAUUUAGCAACGAUUAUACGUAAAAAAACAGAGCACGCAUAGUUCAAAGAUGAAUAGUAUAAAAUCUUUCGAAAUAGAAAUAACAACACGAUUAAAUAGGCUCAAUAGAAUUCCUGUAUAGGUACGACGAAACUUAUCCAUAAUGCUUAUAUCUUUCAUACUUUAAAUGUUGAUUAUAAUAUUAUAAUUAUGUCGUUAUAAUAUAGACUAUAUAGACCGUAUAGUAGUACCCGCUUCGUAUUCAACGUAGAAUGGAGUGUUUGUUUUCAUUGAAAAUGAAAAUACAAAAAACACUGUCAGUGAGCCAUGAUUGAGACUCGCUAUAGAUAUAGAAAUGAGAAUAUGACAUAACAUAUCGAAAUAUUUACUAUUUAUUUUCUAAUUUUAUUACCACCAACGCUAACAUUUUUCAAAACUAAGGGUUCGUUACAAUAAUAUGCAGCCUAAACACUAUUUUCGGGUAUAUUUACCUAUAAUCUUGUGGUUAUUCACUCAGUUAUUGUAGGUACCUACCUAUUUAUUAAUUUAUGAAAAAAUAAACACAAUUUUCUUUGUUGAUAACCAAUAACC